AUGCCAGGUCAGCGGAUAUACGUCGUGAAUUCCGUAUCCCUGAUCCCUACGCUGCAACGCCAGAUCAAGACCAUCGCGUUCGCCCCUGUCGAGGCACAGGCGGCUGCGACGGUGAUGGGCGUCGGGCCGGCCGGAAACGCCAUCAUCGGCUCAGAUCAGAUGCUCGAGGACGGCUCUUACCUGUCGACCUUUGUCCCUUCCAUUCAGCCAGCUAUGGCCCCGGGCGCCGGACUCGACGCAAUCAACAGCGCGGCGAUUCGGUACAUUACGGACUCUCUGGGGGCCCUUGCCGCCAAGGGCCCAGCGUCAGUAGAGCUCUUCUCUUGGGUCCGUAGAGAGCUCUUUAUGGCCACGACCGAUCUACACGCACGAGAGCGCCUUCUCAUUCCGGCCUUUGAGAAAUACUUCGCCGCCAACGGUCACCACGAGGGAUCCCUCCUCGUACAAUGCCGCUACAAUCACAACACAGGCCAUGGUCUGCGGGGCAGAGACGUAGCCGCCACUGAGAUCGGUCAGAUGGUCGCAUCCCUGACCAACAGCGUGGCGAGCGCGUUCUGGAUGGUAUAUCACAUCUUCUCCGACCCGGUGGUUCUCAACGACUGCCGGAAGGAGGUCGAGCAGCUCGUCGAAGUGGACAAGGAUGGCGUGUCCACCGUCGACCUGGCCAAGGUCAAGUCUUCGUGCCCUGUUCUCCUCUCAACGUGGCAGGAGAUGCUGCGAUACUCGCAUAUUGGGAUCGCUGCUAGGGUGGUCAUGAGUGACACCAUGUUCGCCGACCAAUACCUCUUGAAGAAGGGUGCUACCGUCAUGACCGUCACCCCAGUCCAGCACACCGAGGCGUCACUGUGGGGCCCGGAUGUGAACGAAUUUGACCAUCGCCGGUUUCUUCGGGAGCCUGGCAGGAAGCGAACAAACCCUGUUGCCUUCCGAGCCUUUGGAUGGGGGACAGUGCUCUGCCCGGGACGACAUUUUGUCAGCACUGAAGUCAUGUCCUUUGCUGCUCUGCUAUUGCUCCGCUUUGAUCUCAAACCUGCCACACGAGAUGGCAAGUGGACAGAGCCUCGGAAGGACAUUCCCAUGACAUCGUCCAUGCCAACUCCCAAGGAUGAAGUUCCAGUGCAGAUUGUUAGCAGAGGCGACCUAGGUCACAAGUGGCGUUUUCACUUCUCAGCGUCCAGAAAGGGUGUGAAUACGAUGGCUGAAGAUGCUAAGGUGAUUCUUGAAUAA